AUGGCGACCUCGGAAGUCGUCACGGGAAAUCAAUCAUGGCGCUCCCCACUCUCCGAUCCAAGACGGACGGGUCGCCAGGUCGCGCACACUGGGGUACGGGGAAGCUUUGGGGUGCUGGUGGGUGCCGCGGAGGGGAACGAGAUUCAGAGCUUGAGCUCCCAGACGGACGAGCUCGGGACCGCGGGAGCCCGCCGGUCUGGACGGCAGACGACUGCGAAGGUCGCCGAAACCUCUUCCACCGCCAAGGUCAUCAGCGAUCGGGAGCCCCCUUCGAGUGCCAGUCACGCGCAGAUCAACCCAGUUUCAUCGGGUCGACGGCACAUUUCCUCGCGGAUCGACGCCAUGGACGGCGGAGCAGAUCGCCCUGUCUACUGGGCUUCGCCCAUGGGUCACCAGGAUUACCGCUCUCCACGCUCUGCGGCCCGAACCUGCAACCCCUGGCCCGUCAUGCAACCCUUCCGCGCGCUUGUUGCUCUCGUUAAACGUUGUCCUUGGGCCUUUGCCUGGGAUCUUGGUGCUCGUGAUCAAUCCUUGCCCGAUGAUGCCUACUACCCAUCAGUGCCGCGGAGUUUCCUUCAUGACACGGCUGUCUCGUUCGUUAUCAAGGAUCACACUCGCCACGACCUUCCCGAGUUCGUUAUCUCGUGUCCAUUCGAGCAUGUCGACCACGUCCACCAACUGCUGGCUCCGGAUGGAUCGUGCCGUCAGCUCAGCGCCCGUGGAACGAGCGGUCAGCCGCGUACCGGUGACCAGUUGAGGAGCAUGUUGCUGGAUGGCACGCCCAGUAUUGAGCUGACCCUGCAUACGGACAUGUGCAGAAUCGCAACUGGCCACGACAACCGGCAGAGAACAACCGCAGGGAACGAUGGAGUUGCGAUUGUUUCGAGACCUGAACCGGGCGACGGCCGUGACAGUGGAGGUCGUGACGUUUUGGACGACAAGGUUGGCGGAGUUCAGCACACGUCGCCAAUGAUUGAGCCGGCUGGAGUCACAGAAUCACCCUUAACCAACAACUCAGACAUUACGCCGCUACUAAAACAAGAGCCAGAGGUCAAGCAUCCAGUACUCUCGGCAGCCUCUCCACUGCCAGCACCCAGAAUAUUCCCGCAACCGUCACCAAUUCCGCCCAGCUCCGGACAAGAGGGUGACGGAGGCUGUAUCAAAAGGGGCCCUUUACAGGCCACUGUUGAGACCGCUCCUCCUACACCUGUUAUGGAGCCGGUGAGGACAGGUCAAGAUACCCCGGCUGCUGUUAAGCUCGAGAAAAGUCGGGACGAGAGGCAUGGCAACCAAAAGGAGAGACAUAGGAGUCGGGAUCAGGGACAUGGUGGGCGGGGGCAGGAUAGCCCAGUAGAUAUGAGAGAACCGCCCGCGCUGCUCUACAUGCAGCCCAGUCCUGAACAGAUACGACGUGGAGAACCAUUGACCGGGUGGUUAUGCGAACCUGGAUGGUUUCGUCGUAGGGUCAGGGACUUCACGCCUGGGAACAUACGAGGCAAUCAGCAGUGA